CCACAAGGGGGUACCUUAUCCUUGGACUGAGCCUGCCUCUGAGGACUGAAUCUGCUCCCUGAUUGCAUUUGGCCCGAUAAGCAGAGGCUGGCACUGCUGUGGUGUGUGUAACCGAACCUUGCACCACCCUCUAAAGCAAUCUCCAGCCCAGGGGGAAAAUGAGGCAGAGCUCAGUGGCAGGCAUUUGGCUCAGGGACUGCAGAGGGCUCUUUGCCGCCGGGCCCUUUUCUGAGGAUCCGGGGCCCCCCAGAGGAAUCUUUUUCACAAGGGCCCCUCAUUUUGUCUCAAGUACCCGGAGCAACAGAGUUAGAUCCAUUUACUUCCAGGCAAGUUAAAGGAACGCUUUGCUUCUGAAUCUUCCCCUUCUGGGGUUGGGAGCUACUGGGGGACAGGAUUGACCAUUUCCAUCAUGACAGAAAUAGCCACGGCCAACCCAAGGGGAAUGGAAGAGAAUGCGUAAUUUCAACUCCGGUGUUUCCUUCCCAAGAGAAAAAUGGAAGACGGCCCCCUCCCACUGCUGACUUUUCUCACAGCUCCUUACCAUGACCAGAAACCAGGAACCAGUGGAUUACGGAAGAAGACCUACCAUUUCGAGACAAAGCCAAGCUACCUGGAGAAUUUCAUCCAAAGCGUCUUCUUCUGCAUAGACUUAAAAGACCGGCAGGGCUCCUCCAUGGUGGUUGGCGGAGAUGGGAGAUACUUUAAUACCUCAGCCAUAGAAACAAUAGUGCAGAUGGCUGCUGCCAACGGGAUUGGAAGACUGGUGAUUGGACAGAAUGGCAUUCUCUCCACCCCUGCUGUGUCUUGCAUUAUUAGGAAAAUCAAAGCCAUCGGCGGGAUCAUUCUGACCGCCAGCCACAACCCUGGGGGUCCCAAUGGGGACUUUGGAAUCAAGUUUAAUAUCUCCAAUGGAGGACCAGCUCCUGAAGCCAUCACGGAGAAAAUCUUCCAGAUCAGUAAGACAAUCGAAGAGUAUGCGAUCUGCCCAGACUUGAAAGUCGACCUCAGCGUCCUUGGAAAACAGCAGUUUGACUUGGAGAACAAGUUCAAACCAUUCACAGUGGAAAUUGUGGAUUCAGUGGAAGCUUAUGCCACCAUGCUGAGAAACAUCUUUGACUUCAGUUCCCUAAAGGAGCUGCUCUCAGGCCCCAACCGGCUCAAGAUUCGAAUCGAUGCCAUGCAUGGAGGUACGAAGUGAUGGUCACAGUCAGGAU